UGACUCCCGUUACUGCGUGACCUGGUGUCGUCUUUUCCGGCUGAGUUCACGCAGAUUGCCAGCUUGUUCCAACUGCAGACCCGCGUCUUUAGACGCACGACGUGCGCAGACUCUCCAACGUCUGCGUGACGUAACCUCCCCCGCUGUACGCAGUACACGGAAGUGCUGGAUUUCGCUUCGGUGUUUCUUCAUCUGCGCCAUUUCUGGUAAAAACCCAAUGAAGACAGUUGGACUUCGGAAGACUCCGAUAAAAAGACUUCAAAAAGCAUUCCACUGAGCUGUCAGAGCUGGGCAUAUCAACAAGGCAGUGCUCUUACUGAAAGGGAUGUACACACAGAAAUGGCUGCCAUAGUCACAACACAGAGAGAAGCGAAUCUAUUUGCUCUGGGCCUGUGCCGGAAACAAGACCCUGAAGAGAACAAAUGGAUUCAGGACUUCUGCCGUCUUGAAAUGUCCAAAGAUUACCCAAAUAAACUGGCCAGAAUGGUGGAGAAGCACACGCACAUGGAAAUGCCCUUAGAGUUCCCAGAAGGAUACAGCUUGCGAAUCGCCGCACUCAAGAACACAGUCUUACGGGGAAGAAAGGACAUGAUGGAGGCUUGGCAAGAGCUGUACCUGCCUCAGUCCGAGAAGAUGGUCGUCAUUGGAGCCAUCGACAACUUCCCCUGCUUGGCUGAGGGGCUGCAGUUGAUCAUUAUGGUUGACAGCAAGGGCAACGUCUACGCCUACGAAAAUGAAGUUUUACACAAAAUAGCAUGCACCGUAGAGAAAUUCUUCACACGAAGAAGUCUAAAGUCUUCAGUCAGCUACAAGAAGGGAGGAUACUGUGUCCAGCUGACCAAAGAGGAGUUGGAGAAGUUGCAGAAGGACAAGGAUAUUCAGGAAAUUGAACGGCGCACGCGGGAGUUUGUACAAAGCAAACAGAAGGAGCUUGGAGAGAUGCUCAACUUGUUUAGGAAUAAAUAAAAUGAGUGGUGUGGUUUUGAGCAGGUUAAUUUUCUCAUGUACUGACACCCGAGUGUUUUGGAGUAUAGUCGUGCUUUUAAACUGCCUGACUGGCUCAUUACUCAAACAGGUUCCUUUUUCAGUGUCACCUGAUUGCAAUUCAAGUAGUACAACGUUCAAACUCUUAAUGCAAUCUGGUUAAUUAGGCUUCCAAGAGUUAAAAGCCAACUAAUACGGUUUAAAUGCAUAGUAUAGACAGGGCCCUAAGGAGACCUAGAAAACCUGCUGGACUACAGCCCUCCAGGACCAGGAUUGGGCACCCCUGGUACAAUUUCUGGACCAGAAAGAAGAGUGCCAUCUACUGAUCCACUAACACCACUUCCAACAGCAACCUGCUUUCCUUAUACCCCAUAUCCACUGCACUACCCGAGCUGAGGUCAGUGACGUCACACACAUAGUUUAACGUGAUCAAAAAAAAGACAAUUGCAAUAAGGCUUUAUUUUGUAUUAAAUUCUCCCUUAAUAAACAUACAUUUUGCAUUUUUCCGCGAUUAAAAUUAAACACUGAAAUUGAGCUUCCUGUUGAUACGAUACAGCCAUAUUAUAUCAGUUAAGCACCAUGUUUUUAUUCACGUAUUUACAUUUGUAUAGUUAAGUAACCUGACAAAUACAUUUUGUGCAGAGGAAACCUGCUUUCUCAUGCGCUAUGUACAGUUUCAUGCUGCAAUGACAGGGUGCGUUGCUAUGUACAGUUUCAUGCUGCAAUGACAGGGUGCGUUGCUAUGUACAGUUUCAUGCUACAAUGACGGUGCGUUGUUGCUAUGUACAGUUUCAUGCUACAAUGACGGUGCGUUGUUGCUAUGUACAGUUUCAUGCUGCAAUGACAGGGUGCGUUGCUAUGUACAGUUUCAUGCUGCAAUGACAGGGUGCGUUGUUGCUAUGUACAGUUUCAUGCUACAAUGACGGUGCGUUGUUGCUAUGUACAGUUUCAUGCUACAAUGACGGUGCGUUGUUGCUAUGUACAGUUUCAUGCUGCAAUGACAGGGUGCGUUGCUAUGUACAGUUUCAUGCUGCAAUGACAGGGUGCGUUGCUGUGUACCGUUUUCAUGCUACAAUGACGGUGCGUUGUUGCUAUGUACAGUUUCAUGCUGCAAUGACAGGGUGCGUUGCUAUGUACAGUUUCAUGCUGCAAUGACAGGGUGCGUUGCUAUGUACAGUUUCAUGCUACAAUGACAGGGUGCGUUGUUGCUAUGUACAGUUUCAUGCUGCAAUGACAGUCAGGGUGCGUUGUUGCUAUGUACAGUUUCAUGCUACAAUGACAGUCAGGGUGUGUUGUUGCUAUGUACAGUUUCAUGCUGCAAUGACAGUCAGUGUGCAUUGUUCUC